GGAACUGAAAGGCAAGAUUGAGAAAGAGAGCACCAAGCGAGAACUGCUGUCCAGCCAGUCCCACCUCAACGACACCCACUGCAUCCAUUGCCUGCAGCCCUUCCGGUUCCUGGUGAACAGCAAAUGCUGCUGCUUGGACUGCCACCUCUACACCUGCAAGAACUGCAGCCUUUUCAAUAAGAAGGAGCAAGGGUGGGUGUGUGACCCGNNNNUCUUGGACAGAAUUGUGAAGACUGGAUCUCUGGCUUGGUACUAUGAACACGUGAGAUCCCGGUUCAAACGCUUUGGCAGUGCGAAGGUGAUGCGGUCUCUCUACGGGAGGAUGGCGCGUGGACAGAAAACGAAUCCUGCCUUGCUCGGACUUCAGGACAGAGUGUACAGCUUGCCGGACAUCCACCGUGAUUACGAGCUCUGUGGAAGCGAUAGGGGCGAUGGCCGUGAGGAGGAAGAGUCCGAUGAUGUCCUUGAUAGCGCGAAGGCCGAGUGUUACGCACGGAUGCGCAAGACGAAGCGCCUGCUGUCUGUCCAUCCUUUUGACUUCGAAAUGGACUCUGAAUACUCUGCUCAGUCGCGACGUCAGUCUAUGCAGCUUUCACCAGGACCCUACAGUGAAAGCCUUCAGACCUUCACAGAAUUUCCAGGUGAUGAAGAAGAAGACACUGCCUGGAAGGAAUCAAUGGUAGCAGAAGCAGACCUGGCCGCCAUGUUCCACCGUAUCCUGGAGGAAGAGGGGCGGCGCACAGCCCCUCCAAAGCACGAGUUCAGCACGGAGGUUCAACUUGCAGUGAACUCACGUACUAAAAGCCUAGAAAGAACCCCCAAGUCUGGUAGCCCAUGGAAUGAGCAGCACCGAUCCCAGUACUCAGCUGACAUGGACACUUCUGAUGAAGAUAUGAAGGGAGCCCCAAAAGUCCUAGCCCAUCAGCUCCAUCACACAAGACGCAGGAGCCGCGCGUCAUCCCAGGAGAACAUAAACCCCCCUGGAAAUCAGAUACUGGAACUCAGCAAGCGCAUGUCAGCCAUCGAACGCAUGCUGAACAGCCUCGAGGGAAAGAUCCUGGUUCCUCCAGAAGAG